AUGAGCAGCCCCGGAGCUGGUUUCGAGUAUCCACCCCAGACAGUAUCAUGGCUGAAGCGUGAUGCUCUGCUGUUCGCCGCCAGCAUUGGGUGUACAGAUGACGAGCUCCAUUUCCUCUAUGAGCUCGACCCCAACUUCAGCGUCUUCCCAACCUACUCGAUAGUCCUGCCAUUCAAGGGCGACACCCAAGAAGCAGUCGACUUUUACGCCGCGCAAAAGGCCAUCAAGAUCCCCGGCGUGCCUGAGUUCGACGCGCGACGAGUGGUCGACGGCCAACGCCUCAUCCAGUUCCUCAAGCCGCUGCCGACCACCUCGGCAGGCAAGAAGUUCGAGGUGCGCACCAAGGUCCUCGGCGUCUACGACAAGGGCCGCCCGGGCACCGUAGUGGAGCUGCAGGUGGAGCUGGUCGAGACGGGUACGGGCGACGUUUACUCACGCAUGAUCGGCAGCUCGUUCUACGUGGCGCAGGGUAACUGGGGUGGACCCAAGGGCCCUGCGACGGUGAACUACCCGCCGCCGCAGGGCAAGAAGCCUGAUGCUGUAUUCGAGGAUCAGACGACCAAGGAGACGGCGUUGCUGUAUCGAUUGAAUGGCGACUACAACCCGCUGCAUGCGCACCCGGAGCCUGGCAAGAAGAUGGGAUUCGGUGGCUCGAUUAUACAUGGCCUCUACCAGUACAAUUCGGCUUGCCACGGGCUGUUGAAGCACUUUGGCGGCAGCGACCCCAACAACAUUAAGGAGUUCCAAGCGCGGUUUGCGAGCCCGGUUAGGCCUGGUGACAAGAUUAUUACGCAGGCUUGGAGGACUGGGGAGAUCAAGGGAGAUUUCGAGGAGAUCAGAUUUGUGACGAGCGUUGAGGGUGGGAAGGUCUGUUUGAGCAAUGGCCGGGCCUUGAUCAAGGUCAUCGCGAAAAUUGCAGCCAUGCCAGUCCAAGUCCAAGUCCAAGUCGGAGAUCGGCUGUCAUAUGACGGCGCCUUAUGCACCGUCCGUUAUAUUGGCAAAUCCAAAGCGCCCACAGCGGCGUCAUUUGUGCGACCCACGCGCACCGCCGAAACCCCUCAAAGCUUUGUCGCCGCGCUCAAGGAGAAGUACACGUCCGAGAUAUCGGCAGCAAGCGCCCAGAUCAAGUUCUCGGGCAAGAUCGCCGAGGAGGUGGGCUUUGAGAAGAUUCGUCGCCGGCAGGCGGAUCUGGCCGAAUUGAAAUUUGCCAUUGUGGACGGCACCCGUAUCGCAUACGACUAUGCCGAUGGAGACGAGCGCAUCGGUGACUUGUGUCCCAAGAUUGUGGAGGCUGACUUCAGUCGCAACUUGUUCACUCGAAUCGGCACAGUUGUUCAGAUUUGUUCAGAGCUUCCUGCGUUGCGAAGUGUACGGCUGAAUGGCAACCGUUUUCAAAACAUCCUGCAAGACAAGAUCCUGCAUGAUGCCCAUAAUAUAUUCAGCAAUGUCAAGGAUCUCGCCGUGGAGGAAACCCUCAUGAGCUGGGAGGAAGUUUGCCAUGUGGCUACCAGAUUCCCAGCCCUAGCCACGUUGUCGGCGGACAUGAACCAACUGCCAUCAUUACCACCAACACCUUUCUUGACUCUGUCUUUCACACUGACGUCCUUGAAUCUCGAGUGGAACGAGUUUACGAGCUUUGCAGAUCUGGCAAGCUUGUCCGAGUUGAAGUCCCUCCGCAACCUGCAUCUCAAGGGAAACAAUAUUAGCGCCUUAUCCGCCAACACUGUAGAUGCACCUCCAGUGUUCUCGGAAAGUGUUCAGUAUCUAGACCUUUCUUACAACCAGGUCACUACAUGGUCUUUUAUCGACGACUUGCCGGCCAGCUGUCCCGGUCUGGUUUCUCUCCGUUUCGCCCACAACCCCAUCUAUGAUAACCCCGACCCCGAGUUCUCCCAACACUCCAAGGUUAUCACGGAAGAAGCAUACAUGAUCACCGUUGGUCGUAUGGCGAAACUCAAGUCUCUCAAUUUUGGCAGCAUUUCAGCAAACAAUCGUCAGGAUGCCGAGAUGUUUUACCUCGCCCGCAUCGGCAAACACCUGGCCGCCGUGCCUGAGGCCGAGGAGGCGCAAGUCAUCAAGCAGCAUAAGCGGUACACGGAGCUAUGCGAUCUGUACGGCACACCGGUUGUAAAUCGUAAAAAGGAGAUCAACCCCGCCUUCCUAGAGGCCAGGCUUGUGACGGUACAGUUUGCCUUCCAACCAGAAGAAGGCGAGAUUGUGUACAGAACCACCAAGAUACCAAUGAGUUUUGACAUUUACAGAGUCAAGGGAAUUGCAGGCAAGCUAUUUGAAAAAUAUCCGCUAGGACUCCGUUUGAUUUGGGAAACAGGGGAGUUUGAUCCCGUGGCUGGAUUCGACGAUGAAGUUGACGACAACAGUGAGGAUGAAGCAACGCCGGAAGCUACCAGUGCAGCAGCAACAGAUACUGAUGGACUGGCAGAUAAUGCCUCGCUUGUCGGCAGGAAAGGUGGGAAGUGGAUCAAGCGUGAGGUUGAGCUGCAAGACGGGCCACGGCAGCUUGGCUUUUGCGUGGACGGGUUACAGGCAAACGUCAGGGUUGAAGUGCGUUGA